AGAGAGAGAAGCAGAGAGAUAGAGAGAGAGAGAAGAGAGAGAGAGAGAGAGAGAGAGAGAGAGAGAAUAAAGUAAGCAUCAGGAGCGGUGUGUACUGCAGUGUGUCUGUACACACGCAAACAGGAGCUCGCUUUACUACAACACUCAACUUGAACCGUCACUUCUCAAGCAGCGUCAAGUGAACUCUUUCACUCGAACACCAUCCUGUCCUUCUCUCUCUCAUUCAGACAAGCUCAUACACACAAAUGGAGAAUAUGUCUUGGUGCUGAAGUAUUGCUAAAGUUCAGCCUGGGCCACUGGAUUCAUUUUGCUCCACUGGUCCAUCCAGUCCCACUGGACACGCACCCACACACAGACACCACCACAGAGUUCGGGAUCAGUGGAAGAGCACAGUCCAAGUACCACCAUGAGAGGUGAGGGGCGCCGGACACGAGUGGCGCAUUAAAAAUACAGAUCCCCACAAGAGCUUUCUGGUCUCAGCUAGUGCUGUAAAUCAAUACCCGAGCACUCUGAUUUCUUCAUCAAGACAUUGCUACAAACUGAAUGGGUUUCUUGAGCACUUGCUAACCAGAAGCCGCACUCCAGAGGAUACUAUUUUUGUGGACGUCUGAAGUCUGUUUCACACUGCGGCUCUGAAAACACACCGGAUGACUAAAACAGUAUAUUUAUAUAGAUGUGCAUAGUUGAUAAAGCUGAUAAGUCUUUCGACCACCUGUCAGUGUUCUUUUUUUAAGCUUAUGCUGACACUUCCUUCAAAGCUUUUGGAACUUCAGAGGAUAUUCCUAAAUAGCAGUUAUUUUUAUUCCACUCUACAUAUUUAGAUAAAAGUCUCCCACUACACAGUUCUGUUCAAAACAUUUCGGUUCUUUCAUCUGAAUGGGUGAGAGCAGAAGGGGAAGUUCACGCUUAAAAUCUUCACUAUUUCACAACCUGUCUACAGUCUGUUGCUAAUCACGGUUUUCCAUCAUCAGAAGUGACUUCCAUCUUUUUUUCAUGCAAAAUGAAGCACAUUAGCAUAUUUAUGGGCUGAGAUAUAUCCAAUUGUGUACAACGUGCUACAUGGAUCUUGCAUUCAGUCAUCAAGCGAAGGAACAAAUAGCUUGUGACGUGAAGAAAAUGGAAUAUUCAAGAGCUCUGUGCACUUAAACACAUGGACUAAAAUCACGGUUGCAAGCUGGGAGGAGAUGGAGGAGCACAUGAGUUAGUUUCCCCAUUAAGGUUUAUGCUUGUAUCUGUGUGAAAUCAACCAAAAAAAAAAAAUCUAUUUAAAUUGUUUUGUUUCUGCUUUCAUAUAAAUGACAUAUUCCUAAGAGUAAAAUUGUUGGCCAGAUCAGCCGGAAAGCAUUAGUUGAUGUCAAAUCCAGAUCUGGGAAAAUGGAGAAUCUAGAUGAACUAGAACAUCCAUUGUUGGGUGACAGCAGCCCCAUAAACUCAAGUGAAACAGGCACUAGUGGUAGUGGACUGUUCAGAAGCAUAUUGAUGAGAAAUGAGGAGGACAAAAGACUGCCCCCUCUGGACUGGAGGAAUUAUUGCCGUUCUACAGACAUUCAACAGCAGCAGCUACUGGAUCCAUGUUCAUUGCCUGGUACUCUAGAGACUCUUUAUACUCCUACUAGCAUUUGGGCCGCUGCUGAUUCCCUGGGCAUCCACAGUAAGGAGUAUCUGGAAACCACUUUUGUGGACAUUGGCCCUGGUUCACCAUUGGAAAGGAAGUUACUGGCAGAGACAAGAGAUAUCCAUAGUGUAUCCUACAGCAUGGAAGACGGGGAUGACCUUUUGCCAGACUUUGAGGACUCCUCCAGUGAUGACUUCAGUGAUACAGACAGUGAAAGCAACUUUCCCAUCAUGAUCCCUCAAGAUUACCUGGGCCUGGCUUUCUUCUCCAUGCUCUGUUGUUUCUGGCCUCUGGGCAUUGCUGCAUUCUAUCUUUCCCAAAAGACGAACAAAGCAUCAGCACAAGGAGAUUUCCAGGGUGCCAGUGCUGCAUCUCGGCAGGCUUUGUGGCUCUCUAUCCUUUCAAUCGUGUUUGGCAUCAUCACUUACAUCUGCGCCAUCGCUGCCCUGAUCUCCUAUCUGUCCGGGAAACCACCUUAAAGACUACCGUAUCGGUAUCCUCUCUCAAUUCUUCCAGAAACGCACCUCCCUGGCUCCUAAUUACACAAACCACUGCUCCUUGCAUACUUACAUUCAUCUACACCUGUAAAAAGUACAUUAGUUUAGCAGAGGUGCCACCUUUGUAACAUUUUCUGCAAGUUCACGCCUGUCAUAUUAGAUUAAAAAAUGCAAAUCACUUUAUUUGGAAAGAGGGUAGUUUCAGCUGAAAUCUUUGUAUUUGGGUCAAACAAAAUAUGACACCCAAUUCUUAAAGAGUCUUGGCACUUGUGUCUAAGUUGGCAGGGGAGGGAGUGAUUGAGGCCUAAGGGUUUGUUAGAAGGGAACUAGACAAGGACUGUGAGAUCAGGAGAUCACUAUGGACUUGGCUGUGAAACAGCAGGACGUGCCCUCCGAGACACAUGACUCCAGCAAACUGGGUCAUUUUCUAUCUGAGCUGUAAAGCUGGUCAUUGAACCACUCUCCAAAUUGAAAACACCACAGUAAGUGACUUUAGAACUCCGUUGGAAAAUGUCAGAUAGAAAACGAGUACAAGUUCAGACGGAUUCUGCAAAUAUGAGGAUGCAUAACAAAUAUGCAGACAAAAGUUCAAUGCGAUGAGGGAAACACACACACAUAUACGCUGCAGCUUACGAGAAGCUUCUCCUACAGGACUCUAUUCAUAGCUUCAUAAAUGUAGACUCUCCAUUUUCCACCUACUGUACCACCAAAACCGUAUGGAGACAUUUCAUAUGAUUCAGCCAAACCAUGCCUGCAAACUCCGGAAAAAUGGCAAAAAUGAUGAUGAAUCAGGAAUUGGCCCAGAUUCACAAAACAUUAUUAAAAAAAUACAACUUUUCCUACCUGCUAUUUUCUUCUUUUUCCUCUAAUAUAAGAAUAAAGUUACGAAUAUUUUGUAUUCCCAAAAACAUUUCUUACUAUUGUUAUAAUUAAAAAACUUAAGAAGAAUUAGAAUUCCUGAAAAUGUUCUUAAAAACAAUCAUAAAUGUGAUAAGUAAAUAUGUAUGCAGAUGAAUUUAAUGAUUCAUCAUUUUGAAGUAUUAUAACAAUAUUCUGAUAAUUACAAUUAUUUCAAUAAUCUGCGAUGAGGUGUUGAGUUGAUCAGCAAAUCUUCAGCAUAAACCACUAUACAAUCAGACGUCUAUGUUUAAAAAAAAAUAGAUUUAUUCAACAAGAACUGCAUUUAGUAAAAUUUUUAUGAACUUAGGUUUUAUCUAAAGAAAUUAAGAUUUUCAUGAAUAUUUGAAUAGAACUAGAACACAUUGUUUAUGUAGCCAAGAUGUUUUGAAACAACACAAAUGUCUAUGGUUACAUUAACUGUAAAAAGGACCAUAAAAACAAUGAUUUAAACAGCUUUAGUUUUUACAAAAUGUUUAAUAAAAUGCCAAACCUUAUUUCAGCCGUUAAACCAUUUUUUUAAGAAAAGGGAUGAAUAAACAUUAAGGAGUCAUGUAAUUUAAAUAUAGGAGUUCUGAACAAAAACAGCAAACAGGCUGAAUGAAAAUUCAAAUUCAGCUCUCUGACAGUAUAAGCAGA